AUGAAUCAGAUACUGGAUAUUUACCAUGAUCGUGCUGAUAUUAUCACCGUCUAUAUUGAAGAAGCUCAUGCAGCUGAUGAAUGGCCGAUUGGUAGUCGCAUAUGCUACCAGCAACCGAAAUCGGAUGCUGAUCGAAUUCGUAUUGCUGAUGAUUUCAUUAAGGCAACGGGAUAUCGUAUUUCGUUGUUUAUUGAUCCUGUUUCACGAAACAAUCCGUUCAGUCAGAUGUAUGCUUCUUGGCCGAUUAGAUUUUAUGUGAUCGAUCAAAUGAAAAACCUCUCGUACAUUGCUCAACCAAUCGAGGGCUCAUUUCCAUUGGAACUGAUCAGAAAUGCAUUAGAUCAGACUAUUGCACAAUGCCAGAAAAUUAUUUCCAUAUUUGGACAGGUAGGACGAAUUGAUGGACAUUGGAGAGAUACAAGAUAUUGUGAUGUAUUUCAUGCCUGUGUUGCUGGUGCACAACGACGAUCGUACGGCUGUCCUCAAGUAGGUGAACGAUUCUAUUUCGAUGAUCAAACUCAAAGAUGUGAAUUUGCCAGUCAAAAUCCAAAUGGAUGUUCAGCUAAUUCGUAUUAUAGUCAAAUUGAAGAACCUACUCCAGUUUCCGGUAGUUUACUGAGUACAAGUGCACCAACUGAACCGUGGAAAAUCUUUAUUCAAUCAAGAGAACAAUUUACUUGUGCUGGCAAGCAAGACGGAUUUUUUGCCAGCCGAUGGUGUAAUGUUUUCUAUCGAUGUUUCACGGGUGUCUCAAAUGCAUUUCUGUGUCCAAGAAUGGUAAAUGGUCCACGAUUGUGGUGGGUACAACACGGCAGUCCACAAGGGAUAUCACAAGAAUCCGCGGCAGCGUGUACAUGGCCAUGUGAAACAGGAAGGCGUUGCACAAGUCCCGGUGGAGUUAUUGUUGAUUCGGGCAGUUCGGCGAUUACUGAAAGUCAACAAGAAGCAGAAGCCGUCUUCCAGUCAACGUCAUUUGUGUGUACAGCACCAGGCGGUUCCGGUUCAUCCGGUAGUGGAUCCGGUACACAAUCCUCAUUCUCCAGUGGUGGAUCAGGCUCAGGAACUAGUGGCGGCAGUUCCGGUUCGGGAUCAGUAGGUACAGGAACAGGCAGUUUCAAUCCGAGUCCAUCCGGUGGCGGUAAUUUUAAUACGGGGGGAGGUUCCUCUGGAGCAGCAAGUGGCAGUUUUAAUCCCGGUUCAUCAGACACUGGAUCUGGCAACUUUGGCACAGCCGGCUCCGGAACGGGAGUAGUGGGAGGAGGGAGCGUCUCUGGAUCGUUUGGAACAGGCUCUCAAUCAGGAAGUUCACAAUUUACAGGGGCCGGAUUCACUGUUGAUUCCGAUGUAUCGUGUGUGGGUCAAGCAAAUGAGGCAUUUUUAGCGAGUCGAUACUGCAAUGUAUUUCAUCGUUGCAUCGGUGGAAAAAGAUUUGAUUUCCGAUGUGCACGAGCAACAGUCACACAAAGUCCGUCAUAUGAUCUUUGGUGGAAUCAACAAACGCAGCUGUGUGAGUGGCCCUGUCUUAUUCAGCAGUGUAAUGGUCAGAUUUAUGGUUCAUCUCAAUCUGCACAACAAAUACGAUCCGAAGAUUCGAUAUUGAAUCAAAACGAAUGCCGUGGUACCUAA